AUGGAGCAGAUCUUCUUCCGCAUGCACGUGCGGGUUAGCCGCAUCCUCAUGCGCCUCGCCGGCGGCAAGACACGCAUUGCGCUCGAGACGACCCUCUUCGUGCUCGCCGUGGGUCUGCUGUGCCUCGUGACAACCCUCCACCGCACGUUUAUGAGCGGCCAUGACCAAGCGGGCUGCCUGCGCCAGUUCAUGCCCACCACGAUGCCGCACCUGCUACAUAUACAAGUCGAGCCUGACAAAGCAUCGUGGCUCUCGCUUUCGGGCUUGUUUACAGACAACGCGCCGCGGGCAGCGCCACGCAACGCGUACGUCUAUGCAAUGCAGAAAGGGCUCUUGACGAUGGUCGAGUACCCGGACGAGAUGCCGGCGCUGCAAAUCGCGCACGUCUCGGUACCGAUGUCGUCCGAGUGCUUUGGGCUGCCGUACGUGGGCACUUCAAGCGCGUGGAUGCUCUUCCUCGACAAGGUCCUUGGCUUCGACACGAUUCUGAUCAACAACAUGAUUGAGAUCACGGACGGCGGGAAGGGCUACCUCUACAACGAGCUCACAAAAGACACAUACAACCUCAACUAUGCGAGCGAGUUUCGCGCGACCACAUCGACGUGGUAUUCGCUGGCCGCGUACAAGCUCGGUAUCUUUUGCACGGUGCUCUUCCUCUUCUUCAGCACGACGACGCUCGUCUCGUUCAUUUUGCGCGAGACGCAGCAACGGAUGCUCAAGUUUACGAUCUUGCUGCAGCAGCACAUUCGACACCGACUGCCGUACACCAAGCUCGUGCUCAGCCACAUCAUCGAGUCGCUCGUGUUUGUGCCCAUCAUGGUCGGGAUGCUCUUUUUCCUCUUUGAGUUUUUCAAAGACCAGCUCCUCGCGUUCAUCGUCAUGUCGCUCGCGUGGCUCUGCGAACUCUACUCGGUCGUCUGCGUGCGCACGUGGCUCUCGCUCACGUUUUUCCCGCCGCUCUUUUUGCUCUACUUUAGCAUGUUCCACGUCUACUUUUUCUGCUUUCCGUUUGGCUUUUCGUACACGGCGCUCUGGACUACGAUCGUAUUUCUUAUCCACACGAUGCUGCUCUUCCUCAACCGGUUUGAGAUCCCGGCGCUCAACGACGGCCUCAUCUCGACGCAGACGCCGCGCCAGUUUGUGCUCGCCCCGGCACUGUAG